UUAUUGUUGCACACCAAAACGGUUCGUUCGUAUUUACGCGAUGAUAAAAAUGUAGAGAACCGAUGGCAUGCAGAUCGCGCAUCAUUGAACCUCGCGCGUGCACAUCGUCGACAUUCGUGGGGGAUCAGUCGGUGUCAACAAAAGAGCCUCGCAGCGCUCGCGUGCUGCACCCAAAGCCAAGUUUCGUGUCGGCGUAAAUGGACAGUCUCGAGGCUUUUCGCUCAUUAUUCUGCGUCCCGUCGAUGGAAAUAUUUCAACGUCCACUUUAAAAGCAUCGUUUCCACGAGCAACGUCAUGCACGAGAGGAGCGAACAAGGAAGAUGAAUCGAGGUCAGUUGAACGGGAAUAACAAAGAGAAGCCGCUCCGUCUGCAGUCUCGCGAGCAACCAUUAGCGGAAGCGGCACGCUGUUUUACUGUUUGACGUUCGAACUUCGCAGUUUCGCUCGAGUCGGUUUGAACGCGCAGCGGUUGGUAACCGCCGUUUACUAACUUAGUUAGUUUUUAUCGAAGAAAGUUCAGUUUAUUCGGUACAAUUAGCGUCGAGACUCCGCGUCAGUCUGCGUCGCGCAUUUUUUUACGUUAUUUUCAAACCGGAGCUCUCGCGUUAGGGGAAUUACCGGCUAAACCUGGCCGUUUCUCAUUCUCCGACAACUGAGAACAACGACAUGUAACGUUAUGUGAAUCAGAAGGGUUAAACUUUGUGCCCUGGCACGACCUUGGUUUUGAAAGUGAUCAUUACAUUUGUCAGCAGGCGACUGGCCUUCCCCCUCACAUGACCCCCUAUGUGGAUUGAAUGCAACCCUAUGUUCUUAAGAGAAUGGGUGAGCUGAACAUAAGAGCUCCUGUAUAUCAUCAUCAACGUAUUUUUAUCUGUGCGUGGAUCUUGCGUUAUUUUUAUCACAGAGCGCUCCCUGUGAUUCUCACCAACACUUUGGUUUGCAAAAGCAUUGACUUUAUCUGAACGAAAGUUUGAGAGAGGUUUUCAGAGUCUACUUUGAUUCAUAAUAUUACUUGCUGGUUUUUCAUGGUUGCGAGACUAGUUUAUAAGGUGUGACCCAACCGCAUACUCCACUGAGUAAAGAAAUGUCCGAAAAUAUCGACGACAAGAUGAUGAAGUUUCUAUCCCCCCCUACAAAGAACGUCAACGGCUUCAGCUCGGACUCGCAGGUGGGAGAGCAUCCAGGUGUGGAGGUCCGACGUCGGAAAACCAUGGAGCGUGAAAUUCUGAAGGCUGAGCAUCGUUUUUUUCGUCGUAGUGUCAUCAACGACUCCAAUGCCACGGCGCUGGAGCUACCCAGCAAGAACUGUAUCCUAGCCACCCCAGCGGACUGCCCUGCUCCUGUAUCUGAACCCCCUGCCCUGGAAGUCGCACCACCAGCUGCACUCGAUAGGGAGAUAGUUGCAUCGAUAAAGAAGAAUGUUGACGAACAAGGAGAUGAUGUCAGUGUGGAGGUAGCAAUAAAGUCACAGUCAGUGGUCAUCGAUUCCAACGAGCAGGCUAGACAGCUUCUUUCCGUAGAACCACCGUGUUUGGCUGCUUCACUGAUAUCUCGAGAUGGGACUGAUGGAAAACUUCCGGGUGAGAAAGAAGAGGAUAAAGAAGAUAAGGAGAAGGCAAGAGCGGAGGCUGAGUUGCGACAAGCAGAGAAGAAGGAGCAGGAUGACAUUGAGGAAGUGGAGACAAAGGCGGUCGGGACGUCUCCAGAUGGGCGCUUUUUAAAAUUCGACAUUGAGAUUGGACGUGGCUCCUUCAAGACCGUCUACAAGGGUCUGGAUACUGAAACCACUGUGGAGGUGGCAUGGUGUGAGUUGCAGGAUCGCAAGUUGUCCAAGUCAGAGAGGCAGCGUUUUAAAGAGGAAGCCGGAAUGCUGAAAGGCCUUCAACAUCCAAACAUAGUCCGCUUCUAUGACUCCUGGGAGUCUUUCUUGAAAGGGAGGAAGUGUAUUGUCUUGGUGACUGAACUCAUGACAUCUGGCACGCUCAAGACGUAUCUUAAACGGUUUAAGGAGAUGAAGAUCAAAGUCCUGCGAAGCUGGUGCAGACAGAUCCUGAAGGGGCUUCAUUUUCUACACACCAGGUCGCCUCCCAUCAUCCACAGGGACCUUAAGUGCGACAACAUCUUCAUCACCGGCCCUACCGGCUCAGUCAAGAUCGGAGAUCUGGGUCUGGCCACCCUCAAGAGGACGUCCUUUGCCAAAAGUGUCAUAGGUACUCCUGAGUUCAUGGCGCCUGAGAUGUAUGAGGAGAAGUAUGACGAGUCAGUGGAUGUAUAUGCCUUUGGGAUGUGUAUGCUGGAGAUGGCUACUUCUGAGUACCCGUACUCCGAGUGUCAAAAUGCGGCUCAGAUCUAUCGCAGAGUCACCAGCGGGGUGAAGCCUGGUAGCUUCGACAAGGUGGCUAUUCCGGAGGUGAAGGAGAUCAUCGAGGGUUGUAUACGUCAGAUUAAAGAUGAGAGGUAUUGCAUCAAGGACCUUCUAAGCCACGCCUUUUUCCAGGAGGAGACUGGAGUCCGCGUGGAGCUGGCUGAGGAAGAUGAUGGAGAGCUGGUGGCUAUUAAGUUAUUGCUCCGUAUCGAGGAUGUAAAGAAACUGAAAGGGAAAUACAAGGAGAACGAAGCCAUUGAGUUUUCCUUUGACUUGAAUAAAGAUAACCCAGAUGAUGUUGCACAAGAAAUGGUUGAUUCGAGCUACAUUUGCGAGGCUGACCACAAGACCAUCGCAAAGGCCAUAAAGGACAGAGUGUCCCUGAUAUCCCGUAAGAGAGAGCAAAGAAAACAUGUAAGAGAGGAGCAGGAAAAAAGGAAGAUGGAGGAGGAGAGGGGGACCCAUGCUCAGAAUGAUACUCCACAGCCUGGGGCACACACCACUACUAAUCCCCCUGGACCUGCUGGGGCUCCAGUCAUUCCCGUGACAGAAGAAGCUGACCAGCACCAGCAGAUACAGCAGCCGGGAGCUUCCGUUUCUACUGUGGGUUUUGUGGACCUCCAAGGGCCCGUGAGUUUUCCAGAGUCUCAUUCUGGUCAGCCAGCCACGUCUUACAGUUCUUUGCUGCCUGAUCUGCAGCCACAGCUGCCCACACAGCAUACCAUGACUCAUCCACAAAGCGCUUCACAGCCCCUAGUACAGGCCCCUGUGCAGCAGUACAGUACUUUGACCCCGGGCCCUACCCCUCAGAAUGGAACUGCACCCUCACCACAGCCAUCCUCUCUGCCACCUGGUGUUCAGCCCGUCACCCCCCUGCAGUACCAUCAGACACCUCAGGGUGGCAGCACCUCAGGAUGCCAGACACUGCAGGAUCCUCAAGUCUUACAGGCAUCUUUAAGCACGUCCCAACCACAGCCCGCAGAGCAGUCACAACCUCAAAGUCUUGUUCCAGCCUCCACAGAGAGCGGUCACUCUGAUGCUGCAUCUGGCCUGAGUGAUGGAAAUGAAGGCAGGCAUGAGGGGCGCUCGAUGAAACGACCACAGCGCCGUUCCGUGCGCAGCCGCUCGCGUCACGAAAAGACAUCCAAAGUCAAACUCAAUGUGCUGGAAAUUUCUAACAAAGGUGACCGAGUUGCUGAAUGUCAGCUAGAAACCCACAACAGGAAGAUGGUGACAUUCAAGUUUGAUUUGGAUGGAGAUAAUCCUGUAGAAAUAGCUGAAAUUAUGGUCAAAAGUGAUUUUAUCCUGGAGAGUGAGCGGGAGUCCUUCAUUGAGCGGGUUCAAGAGGUCAUUCAGAUGGCAGAUCAGAAAGCUCCAAAAAACAGCCAACCACAGGUGAUCAGUAAUUUGGGUCCGCAAAUGCCUGAAAUGUCAACUUCCAGUGUUCCUGGUGUUCCACCUAGUGUGGCUGCUCAAGUUGUUCACUCAGCAGGCCGCCGCUUUAUAGUAAGCCCAGUGCCUGAAGCACGCCUACGGGAUCCAUUCUUUGGUCCACCUUCAGCCAACACAUCAUUUGAAGAUUCAGUACCAGGGCCUGACUCCACUUCAGCCAGCGGUGUUCAGCAGGAUCAAACCAUUUUGGCCCCUAGUUCUGCACUAAUUCCCGUGAUACCAGCCACAACUGGAGGCCUUCCUACGGAGACCCGUAUCCCUCCUGCUUCUCAGCCAUCAUACCAGAGCCCUGUUCCAGCUGCACCAGCUGUCAGCGCUCAAGGUUCCACAUCUCCACCCAUAACCACUCAACAAACCAGAACAGGAAGGACUUCACCUUCCCCAGCACCACCUGAGGUACCAACACAGCGUCGACUGUCACUUCCUACUCCUUCUGCACCGACUGUGGGUCAGCAGGUUGAGAUUGGUAACUUAAUGCUUCCAUCUGGUGGAGAUCAAACGUUAACUGGCAUCCAGGAGGUUCAAGUCGGCACGUCUUCUGUCUCUAUGGGGCAGUCAGCAGAGGGUGAAGGUGAUUCCAAGGCAAGCCCUGGAAUCGAGGACAUUCACGCUCUGGAUCAAAAGCUGCGGUCGCUUUUCAAAGACACCUCCCAGAAUUCCAAUCAAGCCGAUGGAGAGACGUCCUCACCACCCAACACUGUCAGUACAAAUGCUUCAGGCUUGGCCUCCAGUGGGCAUGGAACACCUUCCUGUUUGUCUCUCAAUUCCAGUGGGAACUUUGCACCUGGUGCUUUUGCCUCGAUGGGACAGGCGGGAACACCUACAAACCUUGUUCAGACAUCAAUUGCAGAGCCUUUCCCACAAAGACAACAGACCUCGGUGGGUGUAGUUCAACCAGACGGAAUAACCAUCAAUGAUGAAAACCAGCCAGUUACAUCACCACCUGAUAACAGGAUCAAAGUUGGACGAUUUCAGGUGUCUGUGGCCAGCGAUCAGGACUCAGGCAGUGCUCCAGAUCCAGCAGUCGUAGGCUCCUCUUCCUCAAUCACUCCCACUUCAACAUCAUCCUCCUCAUCUUCAUCACCAUCGGUUUCUAGCCCUGAAAACACUGUUCAUAAAUCUCAGACCCUGCCCAGGUAUGGUCCUGAAUCCGUCCCAGGUACCACUACAGUUGGUCGCUUUCAGGUAACAUCCAGCACUGACAUCAAAGUGGGACGCUUCUCUGUGAAGGCAGCAGAGGACAAGUCAUCCUCUGUAGACUUUGCUGAGGGAAUGGACACCACUAAAGAGCUGAAGAAGACUCCAUCCAGCACAUCCAUCACCAAUCACUACCUCAGCAGCGACAACGACUCGGAACCAGAGGAUGAGGGCUUGAAGCAAGAGAUGAACAAGCUCAGGGAAAGACAUAUGGUCGAGAUCCAGGCAUUGCAGAAUAAACAGAAAAAGGAGAUUGAAGAACUGUUUAAAGGUCUGGGCAAAACGCUGCCCUCUAUGGUGGUCCCUCCUACCAUAGCCAUGACAGGAGGCAGGCGCAGACCUGCUAAGGGCAAGGGGAAUAAGUCGAGCCGUAGCGGUGUUUCUCAGGCCAGUUCUGCUCAACAAGGGGGCAAACAAGUCGUUCAUAGCGGUCAAAAUUCAGUCAACCAGUCAGCCACUGUAAAGAAAACUUCAGAAACCGUUCCGGGCUCAAAUGUUCACAGUGAAGGCAACACAAGCCUAGACAAAACUGAGAAUGGACACAGCCAUGAACAAGAUCAAGCACCUGCUGCUAAUCUGCCACGCACGUGCACAUUCACAGAUGACCUCCAUCAGCUUGUCGAUAACUGGGCCAGAGAUGCCAAGAACAACAUGCCACAGGUGAAGAAAGGCUCCAAAGAGAAUGCACAAGGCCAUCAUAUGUUGCCGCGUAAAUUCUCCUUACCAGGUCAGCUGUGCUCUAUGGCCGGCCAAAUGCCAGCCACCAUCAACCCUGCGAAUGGGCGGAAGGGUUCCUUGUGUAUGAACAAUCCCCAGUACACCUUCCCCUGCCCCAACUACAACACGCAGCAGUGGGCUCAGGUGGGUCCGCUGGCACCCACAGCACCUCCUGUAGGGUUACAACAGGGCUUCCUCAUACCCUCAGGAGCCAACAAAAAUGGAAACGGCUGUGGGUCAACCACCCUACGGACCACACAGGCCAGCUGAUACAAAAAAAGUGGAAAGCUGUGCCUCAUGAGGUUGAUGUAGGGUCAUCUUUAAAAGUAUGGUCCUUUGGAGCUGCCCUUUUACUGGACGUGAUUCAUCUGACAGUUAACAACGACCGGUCCAUGUAAUGUGACAAGAAUCUGACCAAACUUGCUAUCUAAGAGCAGUGAUGAUUCAAACGAUCAAAUCUAUUUUUUUGGGUCGGAUAGUCGAAUGUGUACAUUGAUACAACAAGGGAUGGAAGGAUAAGACUGGUUGAGUUCUCUUUUUGGUUAUACAGCAUAGUCUUUUCCAUAUGGGUUUAAGUACCGUCCUUAUUGUUGUAAAUGAAAGUCAGUGAAUUACAGUGAUGGCACAAAACUUAUCCAGAUUAUUGGACCAGUGAAUGGAUGGAGCACAGAAAAGACACAGGUGGUGACCGUGUUUAUCCAUGAUCCAGAAUGUAGAGAAGAUGGAUAAAGAAUGUAGGGAUGUUGGAAUUACAAAUGCAUGGCUGUAUUACACCGUAAUGCCCCAGUAUUGGGGGGCCUUUUUUUAAUAUACAGUACGUAAUUUACAAAGAUGGCGUUUGAUAAAGAUGUGCAAUGGAAGGAGGUUCAAGCAGGGUUUUUAUUGCUCUUUAUACUUAUAUUCCAUAGCAUUGUUCAUUUGUGAGCUUUAUAUCAUUUAUGAUUUACAUACGAUAAACAAAUUCUGUGCAUCUUACAUAGACAGUCACCACUACUCCCUGUCCACUCUUUGUUUGUUUGUAGGUGGAUAGAGAGCAUACUUUGGCUAUGGUGAGACCUUGACAGCAUGACAUAGCUUCGGGGAUAAAUGCAUAUUAAUGAAAACAGACGGCUUUAUUAAAUCAUUUGAAAUGAAGCUAGCCUUAAACCACGGGAUUGUGUCCUCUUUCCCCGUCAAUCAUUAAUGUCAUCAAACAUCACAGCCCGUGUACACUUGAAUAUAAUUUUACGUAAUUUUUGGGAACAAAAUGAUUUUAUUUUCAAUGACCAUCUUAAGGUGCAAAGUAAUUAAUUUCAUUAGUAUUAUAUUUACAAGUUGAAUUUUUGAUUACAGCUAUAGAGGCGAGUUCAGUAUUAAACCACAGCACCAAUUUGUCUUUGAAAAUCACGCCCCAAAUCAUUUUUCCAAACCACAAAUUGAGUGCCAAUCGUUUGCAGAAGUGACUUACUCUCACCUCUGAAAUGAUCCACUUGACUUCUCUAGAGAAGGAAAUUGUUACUGCAAUGCAGAAAAUGCACCGUUUAACAGACGGGGAGGGUUACUUGUUACUUUUGAUACUUGACUACAUAGAUCUUUGUGAAUCCUCUAAUUGACCACAACCACAUUUUACAUACAAAGUAAACCUGUUUAAAUACCACUCAUCACAAACUCAAGUCAAAUUCUAUAAACUGCAUGUUUUACAGCACUGCAUAGUUCACACAGACAAACUGCUUUAAAUUUGUGGGGUCAAAAGGGGGAAACAAAAAUUGCUGCUUAUGUUUGUUUUGACUUAUCCAGGGUCCUUUUGGUGACUUAAUGUGGUUUUGUGUAUCAGUCUUGUAAAAAAUGUGUAUAUAUACAUUCAAAUACUUAAUAAAACAUUUGGGGAUUUUUUUUCCCCUCCUCCCACUG